AAGUUUAGCAGAGAAUGACUGAGUCAGGAACAAAUUUGAUUGGUCUCCAUUUUCUUAUAAAAGAUGGAGAUCACCCUCCAUAUUUGCUUUUAGUCAUAGUCAACAUGCUAUUAGCCAUCUAGGGCUGUAAGAUGUAGUCCCUUGAGGUAGUUCUCACUUCAACUGAAUAUACAGGCUCUUUGAAGGAAGAAUAUAACAAGAAGAUAAAGGUUCUCACAAUACUCCAAGAUAAUUUUAACUUUGAAUUAAGAUGAAUGAAAAUUCCAGGAGUCCCAGCACUAGUAUUUCUUCUGUGGGAAAUGCUGCAGAAACAGCUAUUCAAAAACUCCAUGAUAGAUCUGCAGUAUUUGGUUCUAAAACAUCAUUUACAAUGGAAAACAGUAUUUCAACCGAUCAUGAAGUAGAUCAUUUAGUACCUGAAAGGAUAAAUGCAAUUAGUUACAAUCAUAAAAGACUUCAACCUUUCCCAGAUGAUUCUGGUUUAGAAUCAAAUACAUUAAAAGACUAUGCUAGUUAUUCAGACUCUAAUAGAACAACAAAUACUCAAACUAUGAUGCAUUUAUUGAAAGGAAAUAUAGGAACAGGAAUCUUAGCUAUACCCUCAUCAUUUGCAAAUGCAGGAAUGGUGUUGGGGGCUAUAGGAAUACCAAUAAUGGGUAUUAUUUGUGUUCAUUGCAUGCACGUUAUUGUGAAUUGUAGUAAAGUUGUUUCAAAGAGAAUUGGUACUCGUUCUUUGGAUUAUGCAGGCGUUGCAGAAUAUUCAUUAAAAACUGGACCACGUAGAUUAAGAAAACUUUCAGGAAUAGCAAGGAAACUGGUUAAUAUGAUGCUCCUACUAACUCAAUUUGGAUUCUGCUGUGUGUAUUUCAUUUUUGUAUCUGAUAGUUUGAGGCAGGUCACUGUGAAUUUAGCUGGUCAUGAUGUACUUGGUUCUUAUGGCUACUUGUUCAUUUUAUUACCUGUGAUGAUUUUAUAUAAUUUUAUCAAGAGUUUAAAACAUUUGGCUUGGAGUUCAACAAUUGCAAAUGUAUUGCAAUUAUUUGGUCUUUGCAGUAUAUUCUACAAUAUUGUUCAGAAGCUUCCACCUACGUCUUCACGACCUGCUUUUGCACCUCUUUCAAAAUUGCCUCUAUUCUUUGGGACUGCUAUAUAUUCAUUUGAAGGAAUUGGUGUUGUUCUUCCAUUAGAAAAUGAUAUGAAAACUCCUGAAGAUUUUGGAGGCUGGACAGGUGUUUUGAAUACUGGUAUGGUUCUUGUUGCUUGUCUUUAUACUGCAAUUGGAUUUUAUGGCUAUUUAAAAUUUGGUCCACAAGUUGAUGGAAAUAUUGCAAACAGUCUUGAGCAUACUCCAUUUAAUGAGGUUGUAAGAUUAUUGUUUGCUAUAGCAAUUUUUUUGUCAUAUGCAUUACAAAUGUAUGUACCACUCCAAAUAAUAUGGCCAUGGCUGAAAGAAAAAGCAAAUUUAGAAAGAAGAUAUUCUCCAAAAACUGUUAAUAUUAUUGAAUACUGUUUUAGGGCAUUUCUCGUUAUUUGUACAUUUUCAUUGGCUGCAGCUGUUAAUGAUUUGAAGUAUUUUAUUUCACUUGUUGGAGCAGUAGCAAGUAGUUCAUUAGCUUUAAUUUUUCCAGCAAGUUUGGAACUAAUAACUUAUUGGAGUACAGAUAUAACUAAAAGGAAAUAUACCAUAAUGGUUUUCAAGGAUGUCUUUAUUAUACUAUUUGGUGUUGCUGGAUUUCUUACUGGAACAUAUGCUAGUGUUGAUGGGAUUAUCAACUGUGUCAUCUUAAAACACAACUGUGAGUCAGAUUAAUGGAAAUGUUUGGCUAGUAUCACACAAACAUUGUUGUUAGCACAAAUUCCAUAAAUUAUUUUAAAAAAAAUUAACAUGUUCAUUUUAAAUUUUUAAAAAAGUUAAUACAAAACUUAGUAAAUUUAUGGUUUUAUUUAUAAGGACUCUACGAAGAGUUUUUAUUUAAAUAA